CAGUUCAGUUCCAGGUCAUCGCUGCAACAUAACCAUGCGGCAGUAAUAGUGCCCCCAGAACCCAAUUCUUUACAAUAUCUCACUCUAUAUUUUCUACAUUGAUUAAUCCUUUGAGAAUAAAGUAUCACAUCAUGGAUCAUUACAGUGCUCAGUUAAUGGAAGACAUAGUAUUGGAAGACAGAAGGCCACCGAAAAGUAAUAGCAAAAAUACUUCAACCAAAAAGCCAACCAAGGACUCUGGUAAAGUACAGAAUGUUCCAAGGACCAGUGUGCCCACGCAACGAGCCCCUGAUAAAUCCAAUAAUGUGCCAACGAAUCUUAAAGUUGAAAUGCAAAUGCUCAGAAUUACUGACGAUUCGGAAAGGCAACUUUACGAAACUUUGAAACAUAUAUAUGGCACUAAAUUUAAACUCGCAGAUGCCUCGGAAUUCAAGGACAAAAAAUCAAACUUAGGCAAACAAUAUUGGAUGGAACGUGGAAAUUUAGUAAUAAAAGGUGUUGUUGAUUAUUCUUCCAAAGAAAAAACCCCCAAGACUCAUGAACAGAUCACCAGACAAUUUGCAACUUCGAAACUCGAAAGCUACAGCUUUCACACAUCACAUUGCAUCGAAGCAUUGGAACAUGCCAAAGGAAAUUUAGGAAGUGCGUUAGAAAUAUUGUUUUCUAAGUACUAUGGAGUAGAAAAUCUACAGCGAAAGAAUGAUAUUGAAAAUAUAUCUAAAGACGAAUUACUUGAAAGACAAGAUGAUGAAAAAAUGGCUCUCGAGUCAAUAUAUGGAGAGUCGUUUGUGGAAAAAAUAAAAAAUCGAAUUUGGAUAAUCAACUUGAAACUAGACUAUCUAGUAGAAGAAAAAAAAGAUAAGAAAACGGUCUCAAAACCUGUCAAGAUGGAUAAGAAUAUUUGUCGUUUAUUCGCUAGUGGAAAUUGCAGGUUUGGUAACAAGUGUAAAUUUGUGCACAGACAACCUGACGUCGUUCAACAAACUACACCAAAGGAUGAUGCUCUUUUUACUUUGGAAAUAAGAUUUCCAGAUCAUCUGAUCUACCCCUACGAUCCGCCAUACUUUUAUUUUUACAAGAAUACGCCUCCUUACCCAAAGCUGAACUGUUUACGAAUAGCAAGACGUCUUUACAACGAGGCAUUGGAGCACUGUGAGGAUGGUGCUCCCUCAAUAUUUUCAGCAGUAUCUAUAUUAGAAAAUGAGUUUGAAAUCCAAUCAUACCUGGCACAAAAUAAGGAACAAUUCUUAGAUAAAGAUGAUCCACUAUUUCCUAAAUCGAUGAACAAUGAUCAUGACCAGCAUAUACCGACACACUAUGAAAAAGGGUCUACAAAUAGACGAAACAGAGACAAUAUAUCGUGGAAAGAAAUUUCUAAACAAGAUGAUGAAAUAAGAGUUAAAUUCAUGGAGAAGCAAAAGAGUCCAAGGUACCUGAAAAUGAAGGAAGCUCGAAGAAAACUACCUGCUUGGUCAAAAAUGAAUGAAAUCUUAGACACUAUUCAUGAAAGUCAGGUGACUGUAAUUUCUGGUGAGACCGGGUGUGGUAAAAGUACUCAGGUGCCUCAAUUUUUACUAGACGAUUGGAUAAUAAAUAGAUCAGAAACGAACAGAGAGCAUGUCGAAAUAGUUUGCACGCAGCCUCGUAGAAUCAGUGCUAUUGGAGUUGCGGAAAGAGUGGCUGCGGAACGAGAUGAACGAAUAGGAAACACUAUAGGAUAUCAAAUACGAUUAGAAAGUAAAGUGUCUUCCGCAACGAGAUUGACCUUUUGUACAACAGGAAUCCUGUUGCAAAGGUUUUCAGGAGAUCCAGAUCUGUCUUCUGUGACGCAUGUCAUUGUAGACGAGGUACACGAAAGAAGUGCUGAAAGUGAUUUUUUGCUAAUGUUAUUGAAAGAACUGCUCUCGAAGAGGCCAGAUUUGAAGAUUAUUCUCAUGAGUGCCACCCUCAAAGCCGAUACAUUCUCAACUUACUUUGGAAAUACUCCUACUCUGGAUAUUCCUGGAAGAACUUUCCCUGUUGAGCAAAUUUUCCUAGAAGAUAUUCUGGAAAGAACUGGCUUUGUUGUUGAAGAAAAUUCACGCUUUACUCGAAGGAUCAGAGGCGGUUUUGAAAAAUUAGAAACUGAAUUAGAAUCCGCUGAUGUUGAAGCUAUGGCUGGUGUCUACCCCAAAGAUAAUAUAUUAGAUGAAAAUCUGGUCCUAGCCCAACUCAUGGCGAGAUAUGAAGGAUAUUCGAAGCAAACUUACAAGAAUCUGUAUAUCUUGGAUCCAGAAAAAAUUAAUUUAGAGUUGAUUGAAAGUGUUUUGGAAUGGAUUGUCAACGGAGACCAUGAUUAUCCAAGAACUGGUUCGAUACUGGUAUUCCUCCCAGGUAUUGCAGAGAUAAUGUCAUUAAAAGACGCGCUGCAUAACAAUAAAUCACUAUCACCAAAAAGUGGAAAUUUUAUUAUCGUACCGCUGCACUCUUCUCUAUCUAGCGAAGAUCAGAGCUUAGUAUUCAAAAAAAUGAAAGAUGGUGUUCGAAAAAUUGUUCUCAGUACAAAUAUAGCUGAAACGUCGGUAACGAUAGACGAUUGCGUUUUUGUUGUGGAUACAGGAAAAAUGAAGGAAACGAGAUUCAAUUCAAAUCAGAAUAUGGAAAGUUUAGAUAUGUGUUGGGUCUCCCGAGCAAAUGCCAUGCAAAGGAAAGGACGAGCAGGACGAGUCAUGCCAGGAGUCUCUAUACAUCUUUAUACAUCACACAGAUUUAAACAUCAUUUCUUGGGACAGCCGAUCCCAGAAAUACUGCGAAUAGCUUUAGAAUCUUUGCUGUUGCGAAUCCAAAUCAUGAAUAAAGGAAAAGCAGUUGAUCUUCAUGAUAUACUGGGCAAAGUGCUGGAGCCUCCGUCCGAAGACAGUAUUUCAGAUGCAAUAAAACGUUUACAAGACGUAGGAGCUAUAGCUCCAGAUUGUAGUUUAACUCCAUUAGGUCACCACUUAGCUGCCUUACCCCUCGACGUUCGCAUAGGAAAACUGAUUCUUUUUGGAGCUAUUUUCUGUUGCGUCGACUCGGCGUUAACAAUUGCAGCCUGCUUGUCCCAUAAAAGCCCUUUUGUUGCGCCAUUUGACAAAAAGCAUGAACUUGACGCCAAGAAAAAAGAUUUUGCUACAGCAAAUUCAGAUCAGUUGACUAUUCUGAAAGCUUACAAGAAAUGGCUAGAGGCUUGUUCACAUAGCUCAUAUGCGGGUCAAGUCUUUGCUAAAGAGAACUAUCUAUCCACGAGAACACUACAAACAUUAGCUGAUGUUAAACAUCAACUUUUAGAACUUCUGGUAUCAAUUGGAUUUGUUCCAGUUGAUGUCGGAAGACGACGAACAGGAGAAGACAGGAUCUUGGAAAUAACGGGACCAGCAAUGAACUCAAACAACGAAAAUUAUAAAUUGCUACAAGGGCUCUUGUGUGCCGCAUUGUAUCCAAACGUAGCCAAAGUGUUCACACCAGAAAAAUCAUUUCAACUACAAUCAGCCGGCGCUGUACCAAGACAGCCCAAACCAGAAGAGUUGAAGUUCAAAACUAAAGAUGGAUAUGUAAACGUACAUCCUUCUUCAGUCAACUUCACAGUUGGCCACUUUUCUAGCCCAUACCUAGUUUUCCAAGAAAAAAUUAAGACGAGCAGAAUAUUCAUAAGGGAAAUAUCAAUGGUACCAAUGCUGGCAUUAGUCUUGUUCUCUGGCUAUGGUAUUGAUAUAGAGCUACACAAUGGAACUUUCAUUUUAUCACUAGAAGAUGGCUGGAUAAUGUUUAGCGUUGAAUCGCACAGGGUCGCUCAACUUUUGCAACGCAUGCGAGUUGAACUGGUUAAACUUCUGGAAGAAAAGAUGCAGGACCCUUUAUUGAAUCUGGUUCACCACUCGAAAGGGAAAAAAAUUAUACAAACCAUCGUGAAUAUAGUAACCAGAGACUAGACGUUCUAAGUAUCAAAUAAAUUAUUUUUAAUAAUAUUCCUCUCGUUCACCUUUAAAACCGUUUAAUUGAUUUUUAAAUUGACUUUGACUUUGAUUUUCUGAGAUUUCACGAAAUUUGAUUAUGCUCAUUCAACAUAUCUAUACCCACUCAAAUGGAUCGUAUUUGUGUCAUAGAUCUAUACACUCUUAUUUUGCAGAAUUAAAACUUAUGGCAAUUAUUUGACACUAUGUCCUAAAAGUGUAAAAAGGUGUUGUAAAUAUUCAACAACGUUAUUUAUACGGAACACUUCAAAAA